AGUCUCAAUCUAGCUCAAUACUUGCUGCUUGCACUCAAUAUUAUCUCUAUUCUUUGCAGUGCCAUGGCUAAAGUAGCAAGACGUUUGCGCAAUGUUUCCGCGGCAUUCAUAGAACUAGCAGAUACUAUAAGCAAGAACCAAGAUGUUGAAACCGAAGAUUUCGCCCGUGCCAGUGCUCUUGUUGCUCCUUUCUUGGGUUACUUGGGUUUCGCUUUCAAGUUUGCGGAAAUGGAUUAUGUUCCUAAGGUUGGUGAUCUAGCUGAAGCUUCAAAGUCUUUUAUGACGUUAGAAGCAAUGCUGGAUCGAGACGUUGAACAAAACACUGUUAGAUUAGCUGGUAGUCAUUCAAGAAACCUUCUACGAAUCAAACGUGCAAUCGAUACAAUCCGAUCUUUCUUCAAGCUGAUUUUAACUACGGAAUAUGGGGACAUGUCCUUGAAAGAUCUAGGAAUUAAGGCUUAUGAUGAAACUCUUGCUCCUUAUCACGGAUGGGCCUUGCGGAAAGCCGUACAUACCGGGAUGUUUACCCUUCCUACAAAGGCACAGUUCUUAAAGAAGGUGAAUCAAGACGAGGCCUCGGCAAGAACUGAUUUGCAAAGUUAUGUUGAUGCAUCAGCUACUGUCAUUCAGUACGUUGACAAGCUUUUCCUUUCAAGGGAGUUGGGUACAGAAUGGUGAAACCUUUGGAGCAUGGUCAAUUAUAUUGAGCAUAUACGUCUUACAAAGUUAUGAUAAAUAUACAAAGUUAUAACAAAGGAGAGAAGUGAUGUAGAGGGUGGGAUGGCAAUCUCUUUAAGACAAAUACACGUUUAGGUUUUGAUGCAUUCCCCUCCUCCAAGUUUAGUCUAGGAUUUAUACGAUUCUUGUAUAUUUGACAAUAAAUAUGAACCUUUAGUUGCUUUCAAAUGCUUUUAUAAUAAUAGCCCCUUAUGAAAUGUGAAUCACCACUGGUUGGUGGGGAAUAUAUGGGUUGAGACAAACCAAGCUUUAGUUCAUGUGUGGGAUGUAGGCGUGUGUUGAUUUAAAUUAAUCAUGUCACAAUCAGUGAUUAGUAAUUGCUUCCAAAAAUACAACAAACUGUU